CCUCCCAGUUCUCUCUCUCUCCCUCCCCUUCCAGUUCUCUCUCUCCCUCCCCCUCCCCUCCCAGUUCUCUCCUUCUGUAUUUCUAGCAUCAGAGAAGUGUGCUGCCUCAGUUUGUAGGAAGUGUUGUGAUCAGAAUAAACGUUGAUAGCAGGAUAGCAGGAGAGGAUGGGGCUCACCUCACCUUGUGUGAUGCUCUCAGCAGAGAAGUGUGCUGCCUCAGUUUGUAGGAAGUGGAAGUGUUGUGAUCAGAAUAAACUUUGUGGUUCAGAGACUCUCACACUGGAUAGCAGGAGAGGAUGGGGCUCACCUCACCUUGUGUGCUGCUCUUGCUGAGUGCUCUCCUCAUCUCUGGAAACACUCAAGCAGCCACAGGUGACACGGAUCAAGAGAUGGAGGCUGCUGUGAAUGGGUCCAGUGGAGAGACUACGACAGCUCCGCCCACAGCAACAGUGAACAUCCUCUCUCCUCCUGAUCCUCUCUAUCCUGGAGACACAGUCACUCUGCAGUGUGACAUAUCACAGUAUGAAGACUGGAACUACUACUUCUGGUACAUGAAUGAUCAGAAGUAUGAAGAUUGUACCAGUAAAACCUGCUCCAUCAAACUGGUUCACAACAAUUAUCAGUACAGCUGUGCGGGGAGGAGGAGUGGUCGACCACAGGAUUCACAGCGUAGUGCUCCCUCAUUUAUAACUGUUACAGCCGUCCCUAAAGCUACUCUGACUGUGACUCCAAACCCUGUCUACCACGGAGAGACAGUCUCUCUGAAGUGUUCAGUGGAGUCUGGUCCUGCCUGGAGCUACAGGUGGUACAAAGACGGAACAGAGAUCAGAGUGGAGCAGUCUGGUAGACACUGGAUAUCUGGAGACUCCCUCACCAUCAGUAAAGUAGAAUCAUCUGAUCAGGAUCAAUACUGGUGUACAGGAGAGAUACAGUCCAGAUCCAUAUCAACAUUACAGAGUGAUUCCAUCAGUAUCACAGUGAAAGCUCUGCCCACAGCAACAGUGAACAUCCUCUCUCCUCCUGAUCCUCUCUAUCCUGGAGACACAGUCACUCUGCAGUGUGACAUAUCACAGUAUGAAGACUGGAAUGACUACUUCUGGUACAUGAAUGAUCAGAAGUAUGAAGAUUGUACCAGUAAAACCUGCUCCAUCAAACUGGUUCACAACAAUUAUCAGUACAGCUGUGCGGGGAGGAGGAGUGGUCGACCCCAGUCUUCACAGCGUAGUGCUCCCUCAUCUAUAACUGUUACAGCCGUCCCUAAAGCUACUCUGACUGUGACUCCAAACCCUGUCUACCACGGAGAGACAGUCUCUCUGAAGUGUUCAGUGGAGUCUGGUCCUGCCUGGAGCUACAGGUGGUACAAAGACAGACCAGAGAUCAGAGUGGAGCAGUCUGGUAGACACUGGAUAUCUGGAGACUCCCUCACCAUCAGUAAAGUAGAAUCAUCUGAUCAGGAUCAAUACUGGUGUACAGGAGAGAUACCGUCCAGAUCCAUAUCAACAUUACAGAGUGAUUCCAUCAGUAUCACAGUGAAAGCUCUGCCCACAGCAACAGUGAACAUCCUCUCUCCUCCUGCUCCUCACUAUUCUGGAGAAGUAGUCAGUCUGCAGUGUGACAUAUUAGAGAAUGAAGACUGGAGCUCCUACAUCUGGUUCAUAAAUGGCCAGAAAUAUAAUGGUCGUACCAGUAAAACCUGCUCCUUCACCCUGGGUCAUGCCACAGUGAGGUACAGCUGUAGUGGGAGGAGGAGUGGUCAAUCCCAGACUUCACAGCAGAGUCCUGACAUAUCUAUAACAAUUACAGCUCUGCCCACAGCAACAGUGAACAUCCUCUCUCCUCCUGCUCCUCUCUAUCCUGGAGACACAGUCACUCUGCAGUGUGACAUAUCACAGUAUGAAGACUGGAACUACUACUUCUGGUACAUGAAUGGCCAGUACUAUAAAGAUUUCACCAGUAAAACCUGCUCCAUCAAACUGGAUCACAACAAUGUUCAAUACAGCUGUGAAGGGAGGAGGAUGAGGAGUGGUCGACCCCAGGAUUCACAGCGUAGUGCUACCUCAUCUAUACCUGUUACAGCCCUCCCUAAAGCUACUCUGACUGUGACAAACCCUGUCUACCACGGAGAGACAGUCUCUCUGAAGUGUUCAGUGGAGUCUGGUCCUGCCUGGAGCUACAGGUGGUACAAAGGCAGACCAGAGAUCAGAGUGGAGCAGUCUGGUAGACACUGGAUAUCUGGAGACUCCCUCACCAUCAGUAAAGUAGAAUCAUAUGAUCAGGGUUCAUACAGGUGUAGAGGAGAGUUAAGAUCCCUAUUUUCAACGGACAGUGAUUCAACAUAUCUUUAUGUUUAUGCUCUGCCCACAGCAACAGUGAACAUCCUCUCUCCUCCUGCUCCUCACUAUCCUGGAGACACAGUCACUCUGCAGUGCGACAUAUCACAGUAUGAAGACUGGAACUACUACUUCUGGAUGAUAAAUAAUAACGAUUAUAAAGAUUGUACCAAGAAAACCUGCUCCAUCAAACUGGAUCAAUACGGUGUUCAGCACAGCUGUAGGGGGAGGGGGAGUGGUCGACCCCAGGAUUCACAGUUUAGUGCUCCCUCAUCUAUACCUGUUACAGCCCUCCCUAAAGCUACUCUGACUGUGACUCCAAACCCUGUCUACCAUGGAGAGACAGUCUCUCUGAAGUGUUCAGUGGAGUCUGGUCUGGCCUGGAGCUACAGGUGGUACAAAGACAGAACAGAUAUCAGAGUGAAGCAGUCUGGUAGACACAGGAUAUCUGGAGACUCCCUCACUAUCAGUAAAGUAGAAUCAUCUGAUCAGGCUCACUACUGGUGUACAGGAGUGAUACCGUCCAGAUCCAUAUCCACAGUACAGAGUGAUUCCAUCAGUAUGACAGUGAAAGAUUAUGUGCCAACAGCCACGCUUCAGUCUGACAAGACAGACAUCUAUACAGGUGCCAGAGUGACUCUGACCUGCACUGUGGAAGGUUCCUCUUGGUGGUGGUUUUACUGGUACAGACACACCACAGACUCUGACCAUGUGGCCUCUUCUUAUUGGUCACCCUACUCUUUCACCCCUGCAAGUGUGUCAGAGGGGGGUCAGUUCUGGUGCAGAGGGGAGAGGGGAUACACAGACUUUUACACCCAGUACAGCAGCCCAGUCCAUAUUAAUGUUACUGCGAGGCCCUAUGCUUCUGUGACUCUGAGGCCCAACUGGAUUCAGAUAUUCAGAGGGGAGAGUGUCACCCUCAGGUGUGACAUACAGGGGACAGAGGACACAGACUGGGAGUAUGAAUGGUGGAGACCUGGAGACUCUACCCCAGGAUGGACAGAACAGGAAUACAAGAUAAUCAGUGCUGAGGAGUCUUACAGUGGUGACUACAAGUGUAGAGGUCAACGUGGAAAAGACCAUUCAGUGAUGAGUUCUGCUGUCAAACUGACAGUUAAAAAUCGUCCCCAGCCAGUCCUGAGAGUGUCUCCCUCGUGGCUGAAUCCUGGAGACUCAGUGACUCUGAGCUGUGAGGUUGGAGACUCAUCUACAGGCUGGAGCUUUUCCUUCUACAGAGCUGCUCCCUCUCUACCAGACCAGCCCUACUCUGUAGAGCUCCUCUCUGACCGUGAGCAGACUACAGGGAACUCCUCCACUCUGCAGCUAGCUGCUCCCUCUCACACAGCAGGAUAUAUGUGUAGAGCUGGGAGAGGAGAGACAGUCUACUACUCUGACUACAGUAAUCCACAGUUUCACUGGUCUGGAGAUCUGCAUUCCUCAGUGUCUCUCAGUGUAAGCACCAACAGAUCUCAGCAGCUUGUGUCUGAGUCUGUCUCUCUGAGCUGUGAGCUGAAGGGGAACUCUACUGGAUGGACACUGAGGAGGUACUCAGGCAGUGAGCUGUAUACUGUGUGUUCAUCUGUCAGUCCAUCCACCUGCACCAUUGAGCCCUUAAACGUAGAGCACAGUGGAGUGUUCUGGUGUGAGUCUGGCUCAGGAGAGGACAGUAAUGCUGUCAACAUCACAGUACAUGUUGGCUCUGUGAUCCUGGAGAGUCCUGUCCACCCUGUCACUGAGGGAGACUCUGUGACUCUGCGCUGCAGACACAAGACUCCUCCAUCAAGCCCCGAGGUAGACUUCUACAAAGAUGGUAACCUGAUCAGGAAGGAGACCACAGGAGAGAUGACCAUCCCUGCAGUAUCCCAGUCAGACAAAGGCCUCUACAAGUGUACAUACUCUGACAGGGAAGAAUCCUCACAGAGCUGGCUGCUGGUGAGAGUUCCCUCCUCUUCUGUAGGAUUGAUGGUGGGACUGGUUGUUACUGGUGUUUUACUGUUUCUCCUCAUACUGAUGUUACUAGGCUGGCGAAAGUUCAAAGGUGCUCAGUCUAGUGGGGCAUCUAUAUCCUCCCAGGCACAAAGUACCAAACGUGUCUUAGAUGGGGUCCAGAUAACCAAUCAGAACCAAGCUCCUGGUGGAAACGCCCUUCUGCACCAUGGGCAAGGUGUGGAGGCCGGACCAAGUCACCUGACCUACGCCCAGAUUGAGCUCAAAAAGAUGAAAAAACCCAAGAGAAAGACAGGAAAGCAAGCAGAAUCAGAGGAAGACACCAUUUAUUCCAAUGUGGCCACAGGACCUUCCUCUGUUGGCGCUGGACCAAGUGACCUGACCUACGCCAAGAUUGAGCUCAAAAAGAUGAAAAAACCCAAGAGAAAGACAGGAAAGCAAGCAGAAUCAGAGGAAGACACUAUUUAUUCCAAUGCGGCCACAGGACCUUCCUCUGGUGACGCUAAAGCAGAUGACGUGACCUAUGCCCAGGUUGACUUAAAGGGCAAGAAAGCCAAAAAGAAAUCAGACAUGUUGACCACCAGGGAGCCGGAUGCUGUCUGCUCUGCAGUGAAGACAGGGUGAGGGGUCCUCCCUGGAUGCUGUCUACUCUGCAGUGAAGACAGGGUGAGGGGUCCUCCCUGGAUACUGUCUACUCUGCAGUGAAGACAGGGUGAGGGGUCCUCCCUGGAUACUGUCUACUCUGCAGUGAAGACAGGGUGAGGGGUCCUCCCUGGAUGCUGUCUACUCUGCAGUGAAGACAGGGUGAGGAGUUCUCCCUGGAUACUGUCUACUCUGCAGUGAAGACAGGGUGAGGGGUCCUCCCUGGAUACUGUCUACUCUGCAGUGAAGACAGGGUGAGGGGUCCUCCCUGGAUGCUGUCUACUCUGCAGUGAAGACAGGGUGAGGGGUCCUCCCUGGAUGCUGUCUACUCUGCAGUGAAGACAGGGGGAGGGGUCCUCCCUGGACAGUCUGUUUACUGGCGUUUUGUUGUCAUGACAGUGUACGUGUCUGUGUUGAGGUAGUUUUUUUACACACAAAGACAGGUACAUAUUCAUGAACCGACACGUCAGGAAAUGCACUCACGUAAACACAUAUAACAUUUACACACACACUGACAGGCACACACACACACUCACAUGCACACAGACUCACAUACACACACAGACCCACACACAUCUGUUUGAUGUGAAUAAUAGCUUAGCAACCUGUGUGAUGUAGCUGCUUAGUGUAAUGUUUUGGAACUUGGAGGAUUUCAUGCAACUCAAUGAAUUGAAAGUGUCUUUAUCAUAUAGGUGUCUUUAUUUUUAUGCUGCAUUUUAAAGCAUUUUUAACAUAAAGUUAGUCAAUUUUUUGGGGGAUAUGUGUUGAUAGAAUAUUUUUGAUAUGUGCUUCUUUACUGCCCAGUUUAAUGUAUUAAUAAAACAUUUAUUGACCUUUC